AUGUCUGUCAAAUUGCCUAUCAACAAAAAGACAAAAAUGUCUGACCUAAUCAACUAUCGUCUCAAAAUCUUGACUAUUGAUAAUCGAACCUAUGUAGGCUCCCUUCUCUCGUUCGACAAACACCUCAAUUUGGUUUUGGCAGAUACGAAGGAAUCUAGGAUAACGAAGAAAAGCUGGAACGAGUUGAAGAAAAAGAAAAAGAGUAAAACGAACCCUAUGCCAGUGCCGAAUUCCAAUACACCACUUUUCCCAUCGACUGAUGUUCCCCCAACAACUAAACUCGAUGUAACAAAAAGGCACUUGGGUUUGAUUAUUUUGAGAGGAGAACAAAUCGUGAGUCUUUCCAUUGAAACUGGACCAUUAACUGAUAUAAAAUCAAGAGUUACCGGUAAGGGAACAAGUCGACCUUUGAUCCACCCCGUUAGUAAGAUAAAGAAACUUGCAUAA